AAAGAAGUUGCCACACCAAAAAAUAAAAAAGCUACCAUAUAUGGGAGACACAAGUGAUGAACAAAAGCAUUUUGUGCUAGUACAUGGUGCAUGCCAUGGAGCCUGGUCAUGGUUCAAGCUUAAACCCCUUCUCGAGGCCGCUGGCCACCGCGUAUCAGCCCUUGAUCUCUCCGCUUCUGGCACCGAUACAAAAAUAAUUCAGCAAGUCACCUCAAUUUCUAACUAUAGUAUGCCAUUGUUGGAACUCAUGGCCACCAUUCCUCCAGAAGAAAAAGUAGUGCUUGUUGGCCAUAGCCUCGGCGGUAUCAGCUUAGCUCUAGCCAUGGAAAAGUUCCCCGAAAAGGUAUCUGUCGCGGUUUUCCUCUCUGCCUUCAUGCCUGAUUACAUACAUAGGCCUUCUUAUGUUCUAGACCAGUAUAAUGAAAGGACCCCGGCAGAAGCUUGGCUGGACACAGAGUUCUUGCCUUAUGACACCCAAAAGGAGUCCGAAAACUCAAUGUUUUUCGGCCCCAAAUUUAUGUCGUUGAAGCUCUAUAGCCUUUGCUCAAAUGAGGAUCGUGAAUUAGGAAACAUAUUGAAGAGGCCGAGUUCGUUAUUUCUAAAAGAUCUAACGACGUCAAAACCAUUUACGAAAGAAGGAUAUGGUUCCGUGAAACGAGUAUUUGUCAUUUGCGACGAAGACAAAGGCAUUCCAAAAGGAAUUCAACAAUGGAUGAUUGAUAACAGUCCUGUUGAUGAAGUCAAAGAAUUGAAUGGUGUAGACCAUAUGCCAAUGUUAUGUGAUCCAAAGCAACUUUGUGUUUGCCUCGUUGACAUAGCACUUCGAUAUGGUUAACUAGUCGUCGUAUUGGUUAUCUAUUUAUAAUUUGCUUUCGAAAAUAAAAUAUCCAUAUCGGAUUUGUUUUUCUUUUCAACCGGCAUAUUUACUCUACUUCUAAACUAUUAUGUAUUAGGGACUAGCGAGAGCUAGUUUUACUUGUAA